UGGGUUUAUAUCACAGCAAGGCCAAAUGGGACCAAUGUUCCGGACUUGCACUUGACCUGGCGGGAAAGUUGAGACUAAACCUUCUUCGUCCAAUUUGAGUGUCCUCUCUCUCUCCCUCUCUCUCUCUCUCACACACACACACACACAAUCAGAACCAGAAACAAUAUGUCAAAGUUCGAAUACCCUCGGCUCCCCAGAAAAGAAAUCAUCGCAGUACUCGCCGAAUCCCAAAUCGCUUCCAUCUCAGAACACGAUCUAACCAACCCUACCUCCGAUUUCGUCUCCAACCUCUACGCUCAACUGCUCAUCCACAUCGGCAGUCUCCAGGAAGAUAGUGGGCUGUUGGAAUUUGCAGACCUAGAUCAACUGGAGAACCCUGAUUUACAUGUUGAUUCAGUUAGAAUGAUGAGUUUGUUUAGGAAAGUUAGAGAGGUUAUUGAUGCUAUUUGCCCUAAGAUGUUCGUCUUCACGUUGAGAGAUCUUGUUAAGCCUGAUCCUGAUCGGACUGAGUUCUUUGUUGGUGCUAUUCUUAACUUUUGUCUUUAUAGAGAUACUAAAAUGAAUAUGAUAAGGCCAGCUGUGGAUGAGUUGACAGCUCUUGAUGAGCAACGACAAGAGCUGGAGGCUAAAAUAUUGCAGUGGAAUGCAGAAAUAUCAGAGCUCAAUGAACUAAGGGAGAGGGAGACACCUGACAUUAAAGAACUCGAAACCAAAAUCGAAGAGCUGAGACAGGCCAUUGCAGCUCGUAACAAACAACAGUCGUCCUUGCAAGCUACAAUUAGAAAAAAGAGGGACGUGUCUAAGGAAAUGGAUGAAAAGAUUUCUAGUGCUGAGUUUGCUUUAGUACAAAGUGCUCAAGAAAAUGCCAGCCUGCGUUCAAAAAUUGUUCAGUCUCCCGAUAAACUACAGAGGAAAUUGGAGGAGAAGAAAACAGCUCUAACUGAGGCAAAGAACGCAGAAAAGGCAGCAAUUCAGUCUUUUAAUGAAAAAACUGCCAUCCUUGAAGUAUAUUCAAAGGCUAGCAAGAAAAUGAACAAGCAUCUGAAGCUAAUGCAGACUUUACAAGAGCAGGUGAACUCAGCCAAACAGGUUGAGAAAGAUGUGAAGGUCCUGAAAGCUAAGAACAGUGAUGAUGGGGUGUUGGAUAAAUCACUUGAAGCCAAAUUAUUUGAACUUCAAGGCAGAGUGGACCAGUUAGAGGAAUUACUAAAACAGUUGCAAAAAGAAAGAGAUGUCAAGUGUGAAGAGGCUUCCAAAGAGCUAAAUAAUGUGAGAUCACAAAUGGAAUAUGAUCACUGCGGCCUCGAACAAAGACAAAGGGAAGUAGAAGCUCUUGUUGCAGAGGGGGACGCUAUCAAUGAAAAGUUCAAUAAAGAGAAAGAAUCAGCAGCAGCUAAGCAGCAAAUGUUACUCCGCAAAUGUGAAGAGAUCACUAAAGAGGUUUUCCAGUAUUCAAAUGCUACUGGGCAAUUGCUAUCUCGGAUAGAGGCUGGAGCUUCAGAAUGACCAUUUGGGUCACAACGCUCGGCUCUUAAUCUAUGUCUUUUCUUGUUUGAUGGUUUUCUAGUUGAAUGUUAAAAGUUUGUAUUAGUGUAUUUAAUCGUCUGAAUAGCUUAUGACAAUCUUAAAUGAAAAUGUUAAAACUUCAAUAGUUUGUUAGCGGA